AUGAGAUCGAAAUCGAUUGCUAUCUUGCUUCUUGGAUUGCUCACAAUUAACUGCUCUGCCGCGCAGAGUACUCCGGAAUUAGAGACAAGUGUUACCUCCACUGGAACAAGAUCUCCACUGACAUCAAUCAUCAUUAUUACGACAGAAAAAACCAUAACAGUCACGACUACCACGCCAAGUCAGACAACCACGGCGGCGCUCGUCGAGUCCACAACAGCCACGAUCACAACACCAGCCCAGGCAACCGUGACAAUACCUGACGAACCCACCACAGAAUUCACUAGUAUCUUUGCCACUAUCAAUGAUACUACCACUCCUAUUAGUUAUACCGACACUGCUACUACUAUCAUUACCAGUACGGCUAGACUGACAACCACACCACCUGCGCUUUUACCUAUAUUCAAAUGUGAUUUCAAUGGACCUUGCUUUGGUGCUGGUAUCUUUGAAGUUGUUAGUGGACUCCAAUUUUCGCCGCCUUCUCCUCUCACAACAGAUUCAGAACCGCCACGAGGACCAACAUCAGAUGCACUUGCCACCAUCAAUCCAACAGACAACAAUGAGAAAUGUGAACUACCUUUCCGACCACAGAUCAACAAUACUACUCAAACAUCUUGGGAUAUGUGGUUUUGCUACAACGAAGCCUGUCCCACAGCCAGCUCAACAAGCGCUUCUUGUGUACUAGGUGAAUAUGGUCUCAUUACUCUUCCUCCAUCACAAAGCAACGUGACAGUCACCGAUUCACUCACUCCAAACGUGCCACCAAAGCCGCGAGAUGCAUCUGGUGCUCAAUGUCUUCGAUUCUACUACUAUUUCACUGUUUAUGAUGGACAAGACUGGGGUCAACAGAUCCAACUGUGGAUCAAACCCAACGAUGGUGGUGAUCGAGUUGAAGUAGGAACAUUGACAGUCAAUGACAUGAAGGAGAAUAAGUGGAACCGUGGUCAGAUUCCGUUGGAACGCACAUCGACGAACAGCGUGUUGCAAAUCGAUUUUAAGAUUGUGAAUGACGAUCGACCAACAAAUGCUGCCAAAAAUCGAUCAAUCAACUUUGCCAUGGAUGUAGUUGAAUUAUAUGACUACAACUGUUCAUAUGUGGAAGAAGUGCUGGAUGGAGUAGUUCGUCCUGUUACACCAUCUCCUAAGCCUGAAGACAAACCAGAUCUCGGGCUAAUUCUUGGCCUUUCUUUGGGUAUUGGUAUUCCACUGCUCUUAUUCAUCGCUGCUGGUCUUAUUUAUUGUUGUAAAGCAUCAAAACCUAAAACAGCGGUUUCACCAACAUCUACAACCAGAGCGUUAGCUGAAAAUAUCCCUAUGUCACCGAAAAAGAAAGCAAAUGAAAACAGGGAUGUAGAAGCGGGGUCGUUUUAA